AUGUCGGAUAUCAGAGCAGAGAUACGAGAUGCCUCGCACAAGAAUGUAGAACUCCUCCGUCUCCUCGCCGAGACGAGCCAUGCCAGCUCUUCUCUCACUCAACAACAGAAGAUUGUGCCGGAUCUCGAAAAUCAACUAGCACAAUCCGACAAGAAACUCCAUGACCUGGAUCAAGAGCGACUAGCCAACCUCCAGACACACAAGAAGUAUCGCGAUAGCCAUUUCAGAAAGUUUCUCAUCACAGCCAGCGGCAAGAAGGAGUGGUUUGCCGGCAUGGCAGACAAAGAGGAACAAGAUUACUUUGAGACGCUGCAGCAAGCGCAGCAAGCCCAAGAACACAACUCAUCACUCAAAGCCCAACUAGCUCAGGCACAAAAUACGUUGGCGAGUGCCCAAAGCCUCGUUCAAAGGCAUCGAGGCGUGCAACGACAACUCGACGAAUUAUACGAUGACAUCUUUUCAGGUCCAACGCCAGAGUUUCCUGAGGAAGAUGAGAAGGAGCAAGAAAGCAACAACGCGUUAGCAGCGUACUUUACGACACAGGCGAAACUCGAGGCACACAGCAAGGCGGUGGAGCUACAGGAGCAGGCAGCGCAGACGAUGGUGGUGGCUCUUCAGCACAUGGACAAAGCUUUCAUCGCUCACAGGACGUCCGGCACUCUCAUGGAACGCCGGGCUCUACACCAAGCGAAAGACGACAUUCAGCAGACUAAGAGGACGAUAGACCAAUUAUCGAAGCUAGGUCUGGAUAAUGGAGUGCUUUCCAGGUUCAACACUGAGCCUCUUAUCAGACAACUAAACUCGGCCCUUGGCGACGUCUGGGGGAGAAUCGAUAUCAAGCACAGCUGCGAGGAGGCAGCCCGUUGUGCUUCGAUCCUCGACGAUGCGUUGAGCUGUGCCAGAGUGAAGAGAGCCAGUGUGGAACGGGAAUUAAAGGAGAGGGAGUUUGAAAUGGAGGAGGCAAGAAAGGGAUUACAAAAGGUUCGGGAAGGCAUUUUUGAGAGGGUCAUGAACGAAGACAUGAUGCGGUGUCCGUGGGAUGCGCCCUGA